UAAUAAUAAUAAUAAUAAUAAAAAUACAACAACACAAUAACUACCACGGCGGCGGCGGCGGUGCAGCGGCAGCACCUCCACACGGUCGCCGCGGCGGCGCGACCAGCAGCAGAUCGGAGCGGCUGCUGAUAGAUGCAGGUGGCCACUUUGUUCCGAGAGUCGGCUACUCUACUCGGAGCCGCUAUGGAACCCAGUUCGUCGACGGAGAGCAAUUCGCCCUCUCUGAAACAGCAGCAGCAGCAACAACAACAGCAGCAGCAGCAGCAGCAACAACAACAACAACAACAACAGCCUAACAGCUUUAGUAAUUGUGAUAUUAACAAUGGCCAACAAGCAUCAUCUGUGAAACAAGAACCUGCUUGUGCUGAUGAUGGUUAUGAAACCAGUGGUGGUGGAACCGAUGCUGAACAAGCAGCCGCCAAACAUUCUGCUUCACUAGCAGCCGUUGCAGCAGCUACUGCUGCAGCUGCAGCCGCAGCAGCUACUACUGCAGCAGCUCAGCUUCAUAAUAAUAUUAUGAACCAGCUACCUCCAAUGCAUCAUCAUCAGCAACAACAUAUGAAUACUCAUAACAUGCAUCCACAUCAUCAUGGUCAUGCUCAUCACCAUCAUCAGAUGAAUAACAUGCAGCAGCAUCAGAUAAAGUAUGAAAUGCCUGAUGACCCAUACAGUUUUGUGGAUGAAGAGUUGCAACAUCAUAAUAGUCAACAAAACUUACAAUAUACUGAAGAAAUGAUGUUACAACAUAUGCCAAAAAAGAGAGGCAGAAAGAAAAAGUUUAAACCUGAAGAUCAGAUGAAUUUGCAAUGCUUAAACCCUGAUCAAGCAUUUGGUCUAAUGCAGCACAUGUUACCAAAAGAUAAACUUUUGAACAAUCCUGCCAAAGUAUAUAAGGAAAGAAAAAAACAUGAUCGUUUUAAUGGUAUGCCCGAAGAAGAAGUAUCAAAACGUACUUUACCUGAUCAUUUAACCAAUAAUUUGGAUAUUGUAAUUAUUGGUAUCAAUCCUGGUCUAUUUGCUGCUUAUAAAGGUCAUCAUUAUGCAGGUCCUGGAAAUCAUUUCUGGAAAUGUUUGUACUUAUCUGGUCUUACUCCAGAGCCUAUGACUGCUGAUGAUGAUUACAAGCUGCUUCAAAAUGGUAUAGGUUUUACUAAUAUGGUAGAGCGAGCUACCAAAGGCAGUGCUGAUCUCACAAGAAAAGAAAUCAAAGAAGGAAGUCAAAUUCUUCUAGAGAAGUUGCAACGGUUUAAACCAAAAAUUGCAGUAUUUAAUGGAAAACUUAUUUUUGAAGUGUUUUCUGGCAAAAAAGAUUUUACAUUUGGUCGUCAGCCAGAACUUGUAGAUGGAACAAAUACAUAUAUGUGGGUAAUGCCGUCAUCUAGUGCCCGAUGUGCCCAGUUACCAAGAGCAGCUGAUAAAGUACCAUUUUAUGCAGCUCUGAAGAAAUUUCGAGAUUAUUUAAAUGGUCUGGUUGCUGAAAUUGACGACAGUGAAGUGGUAUUUUCUUUUACUAAAUUAAAAAAUUAUUAUGAGCCAGAUAUCAAAGAAGAAGAAUCCAAAGAUGAAGUGCCAUCUGUAUACUUCAACAACUACAAUUCUGUAGUUGAUAAUCAAGAAACAUUAGAAAAUAUAGUUGAUGUAAAAGAAGAACCUCCUGUGGUGCAAAAGAAAAAACGAGGGCGGCCAAAGAAAAUAAAAACUAAAGAUGGCGCACCUGAAGAAGUAAAAGUUAAGCGUCCUAAACCUCAGGUGGUUGAAGAACGAGAAGGAUUGCCCAAAAAGAAAAGAGGACGACCAAAGAAAAUUAAACCUGAUCCAAACCAGUUGCCACCAGCAAAUAGUGUUGUGCCACCAGUUUUAUCUUGUGAACAUAGUAACCCAUCGACUCAAUUAUCAAAUUGUUUUUCUCCACCUAUUCAAUCUCCAAUGAACUUGUCACAGUUGUAUGGAGGUAAUAAUGUUAUAAACAAUAUAUAUAAUAACCCAAGCUCUUCACAUUCACCAAUUUCCAAUAGUGGUGGUGGAGGUGGUGGUAAUGGUGGUGGUGGUGGUGGUGGUGGAGGUGGUGGAAUAAACAAUGCAAAUUUCCAUCAUCAUCGUUCACCAAUUCAAUCACAACAACACAGGUAUUCUCAGUCACCUCAAGCUCCAUCGUUUACACAUUCUGAUUUAUCAUCAGAAAUUAGUGCAGCUAUCUCUUCGGAACAUAAUAUUGGAUCACAAUCUCCAGCAUCCCCUAGUUUGGGCCCACCUGACUUUGAACCACCAACCAGUUUUUUGGCCGAAGAUACCAGUCCACAUAGCAGUCAACACAGUGGCGGCGUGACCAAAGAAGAUGUAAUUGGUGUCGACCAACAUUCUAGACCAUCCCAAAUGGAAUGCCAGUUUAAUAACUCUGUUGGUGGACCUCAACAACCACAAAAAACUAACCCGAAAAUGGAUAUGCAUCAUUAUCCUCAAUCACAUGGUUAUGAUGAAUACUCGGCCUCUGUAGAUUCAGUAGCAGGAUCUCCAGCUUAUCCACCUGCAGAAUCCCCAGUUUAUCCCCCACCACCUACAGGAUAUCCACAUCAACAACAGCAGCAACAACAACAUCAACAGCAUAAGAUUACUAAUCAAGAUGUUACAGCAAAAAGUUUAUCAGGUUUGGAAUCGCUAGUUGAACAAAUUCCCAACAUGAACGAUAAUGAUCAACAUAGUGGACAUCAUCAUCAUCACCAUCAGUAUAUGGACGAAUCAAAUUCAGGUGGAUACAUGCCUGGAGAUUAUUCAUGUUCUCCCUCUUUAAAUUAUCCAUAUUCGUCAUCACCUUGUGCACCUCAAGGAAAUAUGAAUAACUUUUCUGUGAGCUCGUUAACUAAUGGUGGAAAUCAUCAUCAUCAACAAGCAUCCAUGUCUCAACCGUCAAACUUUUCUGUUAGCAACCUUGCAUCAUCUUCGUAUCCACCGCCACCACCUCCGAUCAAUUAUAACCAUCAUCAUUCCGGUGGGGUUAUGAUGGACAUGGACAGACUACAACAACAAUACCAACAGCCAUACAAUAAUCAGUAUGGCAGCUCAAUGCAAUUUAAUGGAGGAUUAGGGCCGCCUGGGAACGGAUAUUCACAUAACACCCAUAACAUACAUAUGCCCACUCCAAAUUUUCCUUAUCCACCUCAAAACUCCAUGUCCUAUGGUAAUAACAAUAGUGGUAAUGGAGUUUCACCCUACAUGCAAUCGAGUGGUGGUUAUUUGUCCGUCAAUCGUAUGGAUAUUGGUUAUGGUGGUGGUAACUAUUAAACUCGCGGAAACGCUGUAAAAGACUGCGAUAUUUUCUCAGAUUUUUUUUCAACCAUCGCAUUGUAUUAAUCUCUUAUCAAUUGUUUAUAAUAAUAUUAUUUGUAUAUAUUAUACUUGGUUAUAUAUUCAGGGAACGGUUCAUUGACUUGUAUGCAUCUUCGAGAAUAGUUUGAGUUAUUAUCUCUCAUGAUAUUUAUCUUUUAUCUAAUCAUAUUACAUUUUUUCAUGUCCUGAAUUUGAUCUAUUAAAUGUAAAUAUUAAUUUACUUUAUUUUAAUAUAUAUUUAUUUUUUUUUUUUUUUUAUAUCAAUAUGGAAUAAUACGCCGAAGUUACCACAGAGUAUUAAAUUUACUAACUUCGUAUACAAUGGCACAUUAGAAUCUUAUAAUAAAUUUAUAUUUUUCUCUUAAUACUAAAAAAGAAAAAACGUAUCCGUUAAAACUAUUCUCUAUAUGAUCAGCGAUAUCGUUAAAAAUUUGCGAUUUUAACUCGAAUUUGUUCAAUGUCAUCUUUUUGCUCAACCAAUAUUAUUGUUAUAUUAUUAGAGUAAUACAAUAUUUUCACGUUACCAAUAUUUAUCCUCCUAUGUAUUUUUUUGUUUUCAUGUACAUUGGUUUUUUUUUGUUCAAAUGGUUCGUGGGUUCCUAUCAGUUGAUUUAUGAUGUGUCCAAAAGUAUUGUGGUUAUUAUAUACAUUUUCACUGGGUUUGUGCAAUUAAAUCAGUUACCUCCGGUUCAUGUAGAUGUUAUCGGUUCAAGAACUAUAAAAUUCAUUAUGAUAAAUAAAUAUGUUAAUGUUGUAUAGUAGAGUACAUCAAA